AUGGAAGAUGCGGAUCAUGAUCAUACAGUCGACUCCAUUCGACGAGGUAGCCAAAUCAUGGGCCAUCUCAAGAAAUUAAUGGUGGCUAAUCGUGGUGAAAUAGCUAUUCGAGUCUUUCGAAGCGCACAUGAGCUUUCAAUGAAAACGGUUGCCAUAUUCAGUUAUGAGGAUAGGUUAUCAAUGCAUCGUUAUAAGGCUGAUGAAGCUUAUCAAAUCGGUAAUCCAAGUUCAUAUUCACCAGUCGCUGCUUACCUUGCUCAAGAUGAAAUAAUCCGUAUUGCUAAGCUUCGCGGCGUUUCCAUGAUUCAUCCGGGUUAUGGCUUUCUUUCCGAAAAUGCAGAAUUUGCUAGGAAGGUCGAGGCGGCUGGAAUCGCUUUUGUUGGCCCUCCGCCGGAUGUCAUUGAGAAAAUGGGUGACAAGACGAAAGCUAGAGAAAUCGCGAUCCAAUGCGGUGUUCCCGUAGUUCCUGGUAGUGAUGGACCCAUUUUAAAUCUAUCGGAAGUCGAGGAAUUUGUAUCUAAAUACGGAUUUCCAAUCAUCAUUAAAGCUGCGAUGGGAGGAGGUGGUCGUGGCAUGCGAGUUGUCCGUGAUGCAUCCUCGCUUUCUAAUUCCUUCGAACGUGCAAAAUCGGAAGCAUUAGCCGCUUUUGGUGAUGGCACGGUUUUUGUAGAACGAUUUUUGGAUAGACCAAAACACAUUGAAGUUCAGUUAUUGGCUGACGGAGCUGGUAAUGUGAUACAUCUGUUUGAACGCGAUUGUUCGGUUCAGAGGCGUCAUCAAAAAGUGGUUGAAGUUGCACCAGCCGUUAAUCUUGUGAGUUCGGUUCGUGACGCAAUUCUCGAAGACGCUAUAAAACUUGCAAAACACUCAGGUUACCGAAAUGCUGGUACUGCCGAAUUCCUUGUUGACCAACAGAACAGACACUAUUUCAUCGAGAUAAAUCCCAGGAUUCAGGUCGAACAUACCAUAACGGAGGAGAUCACGGGUAUUGACAUAGUCGCAGCUCAGAUCCAAAUAGCUGGUGGUGCCACCCUCAACCAAUUAUCACUUGUGCAAAAUCGGAUACAGACACGAGGUUAUGCGAUUCAAUGUCGUAUUACGACCGAGGAUCCAUCAGAAAGCUUUCAACCGGAUACUGGAAAAAUUGAAGUGUAUCGGUCAUCUGGUGGAAAUGGUGUUCGUCUGGAUGGGGGUGCAGGAUAUAUCGGCGCGGUGAUUACACCACAUUACGAUUCACUGUUGGUCAAGGUUACAUGUAGAGGGCAGACAUUUGAGGUCGCCAGACGAAAGGUUCUCAGAGCUAUAGUCGAAUUCCGAAUUCGAGGUGUAAAGACAAACCUUCCAUUCUUGCAACGUCUGCUAACGCAUGAAACCUUUAUGUCCGGAAGCGUAUGGACAACCUUCAUCGAUGAUACACCGGAACUUUUCAGGUUGGUUAGCAGCAAGAACCGCGCGCAGAAAAUAUUAAAAUACUUGGGCGAUGUAGUCGUCAACGGAAGCAGCAUCAAAGGUCAAAUCGGUGAACCAGCUUACAAAUCACCACUUACUUUACCAGUAAUUCGAUCUUUAGCCGGUCCCGAACCCGUAGAUGUGCGCCAUCCUCCAGAAUAUGGUUGGAGACACAUUUUAAUUGAACAGGGACCCGAGGCGUUUGCCAAAGCAGUUCGUGAUUAUAAGGGAGUAUUGAUUAUGGAUACAACAUGGAGAGAUGCUCACCAAAGUUUACUGGCGACCAGAGUUAGAACUAUUGCACCGAGCACGGCUCACGCUCUUGCAAACGCAUAUUCUCUUGAGAUGUGGGGUGGUGCCACUUUUGAUGUUUCCAUGAGAUUUUUGUAUGAGGAUCCUUGGGACCGUCUGACCAAAUUGCGUAAACUAGUUCCAAACAUUCCCUUCCAAAUGCUUCUUCGUGGAGCAAACGCAGUUGGUUAUACGUCAUAUCCGGACAAUGUUGUUUACGAGUUUUGUAAAAAAGCAACAGAAUACGGAAUGGACAUUUUCCGUAUUUUUGAUUCACUAAACUAUAUUGAAAAUAUGAAAUUGGGUAUAGACGCAGUGAAAAAAGCCGGUGGUGUUGUAGAGGCGGUCGUUUGCUACUCCGGCGAUCUCUCUAACCCCAAUAAGAAGAAAUAUAAUUUAGAAUAUUAUUUAAAUUUCGUUGAACAAUUAGUAAAUGAGGGAAUUCACAUACUAGCCAUCAAAGAUAUGGCAGGGCUAUUGAAGCCUGAGGCAGCGAGAAUUCUAAUUGGCGCCAUCAGGAAAAGAUGGCCUUCUUUGCCAAUUCAUGUUCACACACACGAUACUGCCGGUACAGGUGUUGCCAGUAUGUUGGCGGCUGCUGAGGCAGGCGCUGAUGUGAUCGACCUUGCCAUUGAUAGCAUGUCCGGUGUGACUUCACAACCAUCGAUGGGCGCCGUGGUAUCUGCUCUUGAAAACACACAUCUUGGUACUGGCAUCAGACAAGAGGAUGUGUACGCGUUAAAUUCGUAUUGGGAGCAGGCACGUAAAUUGUAUAGCUGUUUUGAUGCUGGAAUAUUGUCAGCCGAUUCUUCGGUAUAUGAACACGAGAUGCCUGGUGGUCAAUACACCAAUUUGAUGUUCCAAGCAUCGCAAUUGGGUCUUGGUAAACAAUGGAAUGAGGUCAAGAAGGCAUAUUGUGAUGCUAAUAAACUUUGCGGAGACAUCGUAAAGGUUACCCCUAGUUCAAAAGUUGUAGGAGACUUUGCACAAUUUCUCGUGGCAAACAAGCUUUCAUAUGAGGAUGUCAUUGAGAAGGCGAAAUCAUUGUCGUUUCCGGUGUCAGUCGUAGAAUUUUUCCAGGGCUACUUGGGUCAACCAUUCGGAGGUUUUCCCGAACCUCUACGUACAGAUAUCGUCCGUGACUUACCAAGACUUGACAUUCGACCUGGGGCAUCGAUGGAGCCGUUGGAUCUCACAAAAUUAAAGGCUGACCUAGUAGCCAAAUAUGGACGCUCAAUCCGAACUGUGGAUGUGGUAUCUGCUGCACUUUAUCCAAAGGUGUUUGCCGAGUAUCGUGAUGUCAUAGAAAAAUUUGGAGAUUUAUCGGUAAUUCCUACCAGGUACUUCAUAUGCAAGCCAGAGGUUGGAGAAGAGUUUAACAUUGAUCUGGAGGAGGGGGUCACGUUGAUCGUCAAAUUUUUGGCAGUUGGACCGUUGAACGUCACUACCGGAAAACGCGAAGUAUUCUUUGAGCUGAAUGCUGUUGAGGCAAUCCACCGAGAAAAAGCGGAUCCUAGUAAACCCGGAGAAAUUGGAGCACCAAUGUCCGGUGUUGUAAUUGAAGUCAGAGCCAAAGAGGGAGCUGAAGUCAUGGCAGGAGAUCCAAUAUGCGUCCUUUCCGCAAUGAAGAUGGAAACCGUAGUCACAUCGACGGUCGCCGGAAAAGUUGAGCACGUGGCGGUUAAAGAGAACGAUUCAUUAUCACCAGGUGAUCUAGUUGUCAGGAUAACUAAGGAGUAG